UAUGGAUUCAAUAAGUAGUAAAUCAUCAUUUAAUUUUUCUUCAAGUUCUUCAUGUUCUGAAGAGGAUUUUGAAAAUUUGUCAACAAACUUUGUUUCUUCAAACGAUACACAAUCGUUAAAAGAAGAAUUGAAGUUUUAUAAUGAAAAAAUUGUUGGAUUGGAAAAUCAAGUAAAAGAGAAUAAUGCUCUUUUAUUACAAAUUGAUGCAAAAUUGGAUAAAUUUAAAAAUAUUUUGCAUAAAAUGUCUCCUGCUCCUCAAAUUAAUAAUAAUUUACCUAUUUUUAAUUCGGCACAAAAUUCUUUUGCUAAUAAUUGGCUAAUUCUGCCAGAAAAAUUUGUUUCUUCAGCCAAUACAUUUCCGUUAAAAGACGAGGCAGAAAUUUCCAAAUCGGAGGCUGAUUUACUUAAAGUAUUUAAUUAA